AUGGCACAAUUCCUAAACGAGUCAGCUUCUACCGUCAGCAUGGCUGACCAUCAGGAAGUCCGAGGAAGUUGUUAUUCAGCCCAUAGGGAACUUGGCGCUGUCGCCUUCAUCCUGCCUGUCGACUACCCAAAACCACCCCAGAAGUCUGUCAAUGAGCAAGACAACAAGAUGGAUCAAUGUAACGACCAUGUCAGCGUGCUAUCAGGCAGCACGACGUUUUAUGCCAGCACAGAGGUUUCCGUCAGCACCGCUGUUUCUUCCAAAAGCCUUCAGUGGCCAAGAUGGUGGCCAAAGGGGGCCCAGGAGAAGCAGGAGAGACGGGAGCAAGAAGAACGAGAGGCUAUAGGACACCGGGUCGUUGCGGAACAGCGAGAAGAAGAACGGCGCGAAUCCAUCAACGAAGCCGUGGAGUUUCUCGAACAGUUUGUCCGGAACAGAUGGCCGAAUAACUUUGAAAAUGGCCAAGUCAAGAUCCACUGCGACCUUACAAUGGACGAAAUCGAAGAGAUUGGCCGUAUGAACAAGGUCGAUGGAACCCAGCAGUGCCGCGAUCUCUUCACGGCACCUUUCAUCCACGACGCCAUGGGGCGCGCUCUGUAUGAAAUCCUCUCCGCGCAAUUCCCCAAGGAGGGUUUGGACAUGAUAACAGAAGAGGAAGAUGCAGUCCUCAUGACAGAAGAGGACCUGGCAAUCGGUUCAGUGCCAUCAAGGACGGCGGACCGAAAGAUGGAAAAGCGCAAGAGAGGAGGAUCCCUCCCCUUGGACGACCGACGGACGAGAUCGAUACCCCGACGGGCAACAGAAGGCGAUGUCAUCCCCGUCGUCAGAAGAUCAAGCUCCACGCGGGCCAUCACAAUGUCGGAGAGAGACCGUAGGAAGAGCGUGAGCGGCGAGGUGCUCGUCAGGCCGGACCAAGUCCUGUGCACGACGUGUGGGAGUCGAGCGAUGGGCACUACAGCGGAGGACGAGGCGAUGGCAAUGGACGAAGACGAGGGGAUGGACGAGGAGAGGCACUCGGAUAAGAAACGAAUGAGUUUAUCGAGACGGAUAUCGGUAAAGAUGGGCGAGAAGCUUACGGCGAUCGGUGGAGACGUGGCGAGCGGUUACGGGGGCUCGCGAUUGAUGGUAUAA